AUGUCUGAAAUGCAUUCCUGGACCCGUGCAGCGUCGCCAAACAUUAAGUUCGAGGGCUCGCCCGCCGAGUCCUUGCUUUCGACCCCUGACGAGAUGUAUCCCUCUCUAUUCGGCGAUGGCCCGGCACCGACGAACACAGUCAACCCACUCGAGAUGAUGUCACCAGAGUCUAUCUCCGACGACGGACAACACGACCUGACCAUGCUCGCCGGGCUCACCGCCUUCACCCAACCCCAACCCACCCUCAACCAGCCUGCGGCCUCGGUCGACGGCACCCCCGAGCCCGAGAAGAAGCAGGUUAAGAAGAGGAAGUCAUGGGGCCAAGUACUUCCAGAGCCAAAGACCAACCUCCCUCCAAGGAAACGCGCCAAGACCGAAGACGAAAAAGAGCAGCGGCGAGUCGAGCGCGUCCUUCGCAACCGUCGCGCCGCCCAAUCGUCGCGCGAACGGAAGCGCCUAGAGGUCGAGGGCCUUGAGCAAAGGAACAAGGAGCUUGAGGCAGCGCUCCUCCACGCACAACAAAUGAACCUGAGGCUCAUCGAGGAGCUCCAGACAUUCCAAAGCACAAAUGGCGCCAGGACGACCCCAUCAUUCGAAGGUCUUCGUCAACCGCCCGUCACGUUCUCGCAGCAACUCUUCAACUCACAAGAUGGGCCCACGAUGAGUGGCGCGGGUUCGCUGGAGCAAAUGUUCCAGUCCAUUCCAUCCACUAACAAGACAGUGAACCCUGCGUCUCUGUCACCCUCCCUCAGCCCCGUCGCUGAGGAGGCGGACGAGGAGUGCGAGCCAAAGACAGUUGCCGCUACUCCUGUUGCGGAUGCCCCCAUCAUGCCCGAGGCUAAUGCUUCCCCCGACGCGACACAACAUCCUGCUGAGAUGUUGUGCCUGGACCUGCAGUGUCGGUCGGCGGAAGCACCAGCCUCGGCGUGGCAACGGGCGUCCCAACAGCAACUACAUCCAGCGCAAGCGCUGCUCCUCCAGCUCCAGUUCCUUCUGGCCUCCACCUCGGCGAUGGUUUCUUUCAUCACCGACAGCGAGCUCAACGGCGCGCCCAGCAACGAGCAACAGCCGCCGCACCUCUACGGCAGCUCCGUCGCAGACUCGUCGCUCCUCAACCCUGAGACUCCGAACCCUUCGGAAGAUCCUUACCUGCAGCCCCACUCUGGCGCGUCCCUUGAUGGAUGCGACGAUGGCGGUCUUGCGGUUGGUGUCAACUGA